GUUUCCAUGAAAUACAAUGGCGGCCGUGCGGCAAAACAACAACAGCAUUAAAAACAAUAAUAUAGAUACUGCCGUAUUAUUGAAUUUUACACGAGAGUCCGACGAUUGUAGGGAUCCGUAACAAAUUUCACGGGACCGUCGUGUGUUUUUCGACUGCGGAAAAGCAGACCGCAUGAAGAAAACCACGGACGAGGUGCGAUAACGCGUUGCACACCAGACACAUUAACGCGCGCGGGCAACGUUCGUCCGGGUGGCAUUGUGAUCGUGAUGAACAUCUCAGCCAAACAAAAGCUUCGGACUCAUAGAACAGCGAGAUAACGCAUUGUGAGCGUACCAGCAGCGGUUCGUCGACAAUUUCACCACUGCGAUCGAAAGGCCAAAACCCGAUAAUUCAAUAAAUAUGUCGUGUUCUAAAAUUACUGAGAAAGUAGAUGAGAAACCUGAAGAUGAAGAGGCCGAUGAUACUUUAGUAGUUGUUGUCAAACCUGAUGGUACAGUGGCUAUAGACCAAGACACAUUCAAUAGAGUUAUAGAAAAUAAAAAAGAGACCAUGAAUAUCAUACAUUUUGAAAACAGUAGUAAUAAAGGUAUAACAACAAAUCCAGAAAAUGGAGAACAAGAAAUAAAUUUGACUGUUCAAGGUUUCUAUCCUUCCAUAUCAACUAAAACAUUAUUAUCCCAAGAUAUUCUACCCAAUGAAAGUGAUAUGUCAAAAAAUUCUAUUUAUUUGGACCAUUGUUAUUAUAAAUACUGCCCACCUAAUACAUCAAAUGAUAACCAAAUUAAUGAGAGUUUUAGGGAAACACUUUCUUCUAAAAUACAACAAUUAACAAGUAAAUUAACUCAAUCACAAAUAGUAAAUGAAAAUGAAGAAAUUGAAGAAAUAACGGUGUCAAUGGCUGAAAAGGAAUUUAAAGAUGGUUCUUCGACUACACCUAUAGAAGAUAUUAAGGCUGGUACACCGACAACUACACAACAUAAUUUCCUUAAAAAUAAUUUACUCAAUACUAGAAAAAUACAGAAUUUAAGAGUUGUAAAAAAUGAAAAAUCAAAAGCCAAAGAUCCAGUAAUUUUGAGAAGUUUGAUACCAAAAAAAAAUUCUGAUGAAGUACGAAAUAAUCAGUCAAUUGAAGGACCAAGAGGUUCUAAAACAGUGAAGCGUUUAUUGCCAUUGAAAUCUCAAGUUAAGAACAAUCGACAAAAAAAACCAGAUGUUGUCAUUGACCAGGUUUUACUUCAAGCUAAUGAAUUAGUUCGUCAAUCUAGUAUUGAACCUAAAAAGUACAUUCAAAAUCAGCUGAUGUUCAAAAAGAAUAAAGAUAAAAUUGGAAAUAUUGAAAAUGGUUUUGAAACAACUUCACAAAAACUUGUUAAACAAAAAUUAGAUGAACCGGAAUUAUUUUCUUCUCCUGAUAUUAUUAUAGAUGAUAAUAAUAAAUCACCCAUUAAAAUAGAAAACAUAGAAGUAGAUCAUAAAAUAUCUACUGUUGAAAAAGUUGAAAACUCAACAAAUAAAGAAAGCCCAAUUUCUGAUGUUGCUAAAGAAUUAGAUGAAGUGGUUGUUCAUAAGGAAGAAUCUGGAAGAGUGAGAAAAGUCUCAAAUAGAACAAGGGAUAAUCCAGCAGAAAAUACUGUAACUAAAACAGUAGAAGAUAUAUUAAACGAAAUUAGUUCAAAAAUAGCAAAUCAAUCAGAAAUAAUUGAUGAGGAAAAUUUGAUAGAUGAACUAGCUGAUCUCAAUGAGGACCUUAAUUCUUCAAAUUUUGUAGCUCCAUCGAAUUCCAGUCAUGAUUUAAUGAACAAAUUAUUGUUUGAUGAUAAUCUUAAUCAAAGUGAUAAGAAUGAUGUCAAAACACCACCAUCUGAUGAUAAAUGUAAAAGCUCAACUGUGAUGUAUGGAAAAUCUGGUAGAAUAUUAACAUUACCUCCAAUUGAAACUCCAAAAACACGAUCUUUAGUUAAAAAAGAAAUUGCAGAUGCUAGUAUUAAAGAUCAAGUUAGACGAAGACGAUCAUCAGAAAAUUCUAAAAGUAUGAAUGAAUAUAGUGAAGAAUCUGAUACUGAUAGAGAAGGAACCAUGACUUCAGAAGACGAUCCAAAUAGACUUUGGUGUGUUUGUAGAAAACCUCAUAACAACAGAUUUAUGAUUUGUUGUGAUACUUGUGAAGAUUGGUUCCAUGGAAAAUGUGUAGGUAUUACAAAGGCUUUGGGUGAACAAAUGGAAGCUCGUUGCGUUGAAUGGAAUUGUCCACCAUGUAGAAAAAAGAAGACUGAAGAAGCACGUAAAAAAUCUGAUGAGGAGAAAACCAAUAAAAAAUUAGAUGAGGAUAAAAAAAAAAAAUCUGGUUCAAUAUCGCCAGUCAUCAAGAAAACUGAUUCAAAAUCUACUAAAAUUCAAUCUUUAUUACAGCAAAAUUGUGUCCACUGUAAAAAGGGUUUUGAAGUUACAGCAAAGGGUUUAUUUUGUGACGAAAUAUGUUUGGAAAAACAUAUUGAAGAUAGUGUAUCUGCAAUAAAAGCUUGUUGUACUUCACCUACUGAAUCACCUGAUAUUAUUUUAUUAGACAAAAAAAAUAGCAGACUAAUCACUGGUGAACAAGCUCCAAAAUUAACAAAUUUAAAACAAUGGAUGAAAGAAAAUCCAACAUUCCAAAUUUUAAAACCUUCAGGCCCUUCUACUAAAAUAAAUCCCAGUAAACUAACUCCAAAAUCUCAAAAUAAUUCUAAGUUGACCCAAAGUACUUUAAAAUUUGUUAAGAAAGAAAAUGAAAAUCGUCUCAAGAGACCAGCUACUAGUCCAGAUAAACAUAAAGCAAAAGAAAUUAAGAAAGAAUUUGAUGUAUCAGAGUUAUUACAGCCUGAUAAAAUGAAAUUAGUUUAUGUUAAAAAGGAUUCAUCAAAGUCUCCAAUGCCUCAAAAAGAACUUAUGAAACAUACGCUUUCCCAAAAAGAGUCAUCAAAAUCUGUACAAGUUACACCGGUAAAACCAACUAUUACAACUCCUUCUAAAGGAACUGCUGUACAAAAAGUUAUAAAGAAGAAACUAGAACCUGUUAAAAAACCAGAACCUAUAAAAGAAAUUGUCAGUGAAAAAAAAGGAGAAGAACAAUUGCGCUCUAAUGUAAGAAAAUCUUUAUUAGAAUCUUUAAGUAGUAGAAUAUCCGAAGAACCCGAAUUAAAAACAGCUGAAGAAAACUUGGAAGAAUUAAUCUUAAAAAUUGAAGAAGAACUUUAUUCUCAAUUUGGGAAAGUUGACCAAAAAUAUAAAGCAAAAUACAGAAGUUUGGUAUUCAAUAUAAAAGAUCCAAAAAAUUUAAAUUUCUUUAAGAAAAUUAUGUUCAAGUGGGUUACACCAUAUCAAUUAGUUCGUAUGACAGCUGAUGAAAUGGCAUCCCAGGAGCUAGCUGAAUGGAGAGAACGAGAAAAUAAACAUCAAAUUGAGAUGAUCCGUAAAACUGAAUUAGACAUGAUGAAUCAAUCAAAAGCUCUCCUAAUGAAAACUCAUAAAGGAGAAGAAAUUAUUGAAUCUAAAGAUAACAAAGAAACUAUAGUUUCAGAACUUAAUCCUGACAUUAAGGUUGAGCAGAAAAAACCCCAAAUCCUUCUUAAAUUAACAAGAGAAGAUAAAAAAGAAAAGAAAAAAAGUAAGUAUAAAGAAAGAAGUAAUAGUAAUGAUCGUGAACACAGACAUCAUAAAUCUAGUAGAAACCGUCAUAAAUCACACAAGGAUAAAAAACGUAGAAGUCGUGAUCGAAGUAAAAGCAGAGACAAAAAAGAUAAAAAAGUGGAUAAAAACAAAAAAAUUGAAGUGAAACCCGACCCAGUUGUUACUGAUGAUGUUGAAGUACAUAAAGAAGAUGUUAGUGAUAGAGAACCAAGUUCAACUGUUGUAAUAGCUACUCCGCCUCGAGUGGAAGAAGAAAUUGGUCCUAUAUGGAAAGGAACUAUCAAUUUUACUGAUGUUGCUCGAUGUGAUGUAGCUAUGUCUCGAUUAUCUGGUAAUGUGAUUGGAUUGGAUGUAGAACUUACCUUAACAGUUCUAGAAUGUGUUGGUCGUAUCAAACAACAAACAGUUUGGGAAUAUAUGGGUAAAUUGAAAAAAACUGGUACAAAAGAUAUAAUUGUAACAAAAUUGUUGGCAGGAGGGGUGGAACAACAAAUGUCCUAUUUAAGUCUAUAUCAGUACUUAAGUGCUAAGAACCGCAUUGCGGUUAUUGAUAGCAAACCAUUUCCAAAUAUAAAAGAUUUUUAUAUAUAUCCACUUGGCAGCCAUAGCCCUAUACCUCAGGUAUUGUUGCCGUUAGAUGGACCUGGAGUAGAUGACUAUAGAACACAUUUGUUGUUGGGAAUAAUUGUACGAAAUUCUAAGAAACAGUGGAUUCCACCUUGGAAACAAUCUGAAAAUAAUUAUGUUUUGCCUGAUAUUAACGAUACUUUGGUUUUACCUCAUCUCAAGCCAGCUUUACCAUCUAGUCAAGAUAAUUUUUCUCCAAAAGAAAGUUAUACUCCACCAAGAUCACCGACUAACAAAAUUCUCAGUUUACCAACCCCAGUUCUACCAUUAUCUUCUGUUUUAACUGAUGAUGACUUACCGUAUAUACCUGGUGAAGAAGAACCAUACUCGCCAGUUGAUGAAGAUGUACCUUGUUUAUCUGAUGAAAUGACUACAAGUAUUCAACAACAAAUGGAUGAGUUGACCCUAAAAAUUGAAAGAGAAAAAUUAGAAAUACAAAUGAUGACUGCUGGAUCUCAAAGUGCAAUACUUGAUAACCUAGAUCCUGAUGAAGAAGUGUAUAGUCCUACUAGUGAGCUGGCCCCGUUAACAACUGAAAUUAAUUUACCUAGUAAUAUUAAAGAUAUACUUUCAUCCAUAAAUACAAAAGAACUGCGUUCAACUGAAAUAGAAACAUCUAAAAUUGCAAUGGACACUGAAAAAAAAUGCAGAGAUCCUCGCCAACGAAUUCAAACUGUUUCUUCAGCUGAACCUCCUCCACCUGGUCUUGAAGAUGAAUUUCCACCAUCUUGUAAUCCUAAUACAAGUUUACCUCCACCUAAUUUUUCAUCUCCAUAUAUGCCACCAAUCAAUUAUAUUGCACCCAUUCCUUACCCUUAUCCUCCACCUGGGUAUGUAUCAGAGUCUUACUCCAAUCAGUAUGGACCUCAACAACCUCCUCCACCACCCCCACCAAUGGUCAUAGACCAAAGUAAGUAUAAUAAUUACAAUCAGUCUGGUUAUGCCUAUAAUUCAGUGUACCAACCACCUCCUCCACCACCUUAUACAAAGAAAAAAGGAUCAGGAUUUUGGGCCAGUGGUAAUUCUAAAAAUGAACCAAAAAAGAAAAAGUUUAAAAAAUCUGGUGAUCGAAGGGAUAAAGGUUCUUGGAGACGCAUGUAAUUAUUUCCUAAAUUAUAUUUAAUAUUUUUGGGUCUUGUUUUUAUAACAUAUUUAUUUUACAUGUAAACCCUAUCCUAUCUUGAUAUUGUCUAAGAAUUUUUUUUUUAAUGUAUUUUACACAAUUUCUUAUAUCUAA